UUUUGCAUUUUAUAAAUGUUACUGUGAUUUUCUUGUAAGAAAGAAUUCAGUGUUGGGAGUCAAUUUCAUCAGAACCUUUCAAAAGAAUUUUCUUUAACCCAGGAUUGACUUCUAAAGACUGUUGGUAUGUGAGGAAGAAACCCGGAAGAGGAAAGCAAAGGAGUCAGGGAUGGCUCUUCCUCAGGAUCUAUUGACAUUCAGGGAUGUGGCCAUAGAAUUCUCUCAGGAGGAGUGGAAAUGCCUGGACCCUGCUCAGAGGACUCUAUACAGGGACGUGAUGCUGGAGAAUUAUAGGAACCUCGUCUCGCUGGAUAUCUCUUCCAAAUGCAUGUUGAAGACAUUGUCAUCAACAGGGCAAGGCAAUACAGAAGUGUUCCACACACGGACACUGCACAGACAAGGAAGUCAUCACAUUGGAGAUUUUUGCUUCCAUGAAAUUGAGAAAGACAUUCAUGACUUCGAGUUUCAGUGGAAAGAAGAUGAAACAAAUGGCCAUGCAGCACCCACGAUGGAAAUCAAAGAGUUGACGGGUAAUACAGACCGAUAUGAUCAAAGGCAUGCUGGAAACAAGCCUAUUAAAGACCAGCUUGGAUCAAGCUUUCAUUCACAUCUGCCUGAACUCCACAUAUUUCAGUCUGAGGGGAAAAUUGGUAAUCAAGUUGAGAAGUCUAUCAACAAUGCCUCCUCAGUUUCAACAUCCCAAAGAAUUUCUUGUAGGCCCAAAACCCAUAUUUCUAAUAAGUAUGGAAAUAAUUCCCUCCAUUCUUCAUUACUCACACAAAAAUGGGAAGUACACAUGAGAGAAAAAUCUUUCGAAUGUAUACAGAGUUUCAAAUCCUUUAAUUGUAGUUCACUCUUUACAAACCAUCAGAUAAUUCACUUAGAAGAGAAACAAUGUAAAUGUGAUGUAUGUGGCAAGGUCUUUAAUCAGAAGCGAUACCUUGCAUGCCAUCGUAGAUGUCACACUGGUGAGAAACCUUACAAGUGUAAUGAGUGUGGCAAGACCUUUGGUCACAAUUCAUCCCUCUUCAUUCACAAAGCACUUCAUACUGGAGAGAAACCUUAUGAAUGUGAAGAAUGUGACAAAGUUUUCAGUCGCAAAUCACACCUUGAAAGACAUAAGAGGAUUCAUACUGGAGAGAAACCAUACAAGUGUAAGGUUUGUGAUGAGGCUUUUGCAUAUAAUUCGUAUCUGGCAAAACAUACUAUACUUCACACUGGAGAGAAACCUUACACAUGUAAUGAAUGUGGCAAGGUUUUUAAUCGACUAUCAACCCUUGCACGCCAUUGUAAACUUCAUACUGGAGAGAAACCUUACAAAUGUGAAGAGUGUGAGAAAGUUUUCAGUCGCAAAUCACACCUUGAAAGACAUAAAAGGAUUCAUAGUGGAGAGAAACCUUACAAAUGUGAAGAAUGUUGCAAAGUUUUCAGUCGCAAAUCAAACCUGGAAAGACAUAGGAGGAUUCAUACUGGAGAGAAACCAUACAAAUGUAAGGUUUGUGACAAAGCUUUCCAGAGGGAUUCACACCUGGCACAGCAUCAGAGAGUUCAUACUGGAGAGAAACCUUACAAGUGUAAUGAGUGUGGCAAGACCUUCCGUCAAACAUCAUCGCUUAUAAUCCAUCGUAGGCUUCAUACUGGAGAGAAACCUUACAAGUGUAAUAAGUGUGGCAAGACCUUCAGUCAGAUGUCAUCCCUUGUAUACCAUCAUAGACUUCAUAGUGGAGAGAAAUCUUAAUAGUGUAAUGAGUGUGGCAAGACCUUCCAUCACAAUUCAACCCUAAGUCAUAAGGCAAUUCAUACUGGAGAGAAACUUUACAAACAUAUUGAAUGUGGCAAGGUUUUUAAUCAAAAAGCAACACUUGCACAUUACCAUAGACUUCAUACUGGAGAGAAACCUUACAAAUGGGAGGAAUGUGACAAAGUUUUCAGUCGUAAAUCAAACCUUAAAACACAUAAGAAAAUUCACACUGAAGAGAAACAAUACAGAUGUAAGGUUUGUGACAAGGUUUUUGCAUAUAAUGCAUAUCUGGCAAAACAUACUAGAAUUCACACUGGAGAGAAACCUUAUAAGUGUAAUGAGUGUGGCAAGACUUUUGGUCAAAAUUCACACCUUGUAAUACACCUUGUAAUUCAUACUGGAGAGAAACCUUACAAGUGUAAUGAAUGUGGCAAGGUUUUUAAUCAACAAUCAAACCUCGCAAGUCAUCAUAGACUUCAUACUGCAGAGAAAUCUUACAAACCUGAACAAUGUGACAAAGUUUUCAUUCGCAAAUGCAGCUUCAUACACAGGAGAAUUCAUACUGGAGAAAAGCCAUACAAAUGUAAGGUUUGUGACAAGGCUUUCGGGAAUGAUUCACACCUGGCACAACAUACUAGAAUUCACACUGGAGAGAAACCUUACAAGUGCAAUGAGUGUGGCAAAGCCUUUAGUGGGCAGUCACCACUUAUUCACCAUCAAGCAAUCCAUGGUAUAGGGAAACUUGACUAAUGUAAUGAUUGUCACAAAGUUUUCAGUAAUGCUACAAUCAUUGCACAUCAUUGGAGAAUCCACAGUGAAGAGAGAUCUUACAAGUGUAAUAAAUGUGGCAAAUUUUUCAGACAUCGUUCAUGCCUUGCAUUUCACUGGUGAACUCAUGCUGGAGUGAAACCUUAUAAAUGUCAUGAUUGAGGCAAGGUCUUCAGUCAAGUUUUGUCCUAUGCAAAACAUAGGAGAAUUCAUACAGGAGAGAAACCUCACAAGUGUGAUGAUUGUGGCAAAGCCUUUACUUCACAUUCACACCUCAUUAGGCAUCAGAGAAUCCAUACUGCACAGAAAUGUUACAAAUGUCGUCAGUGUGGAAGGGUCUUCAGUCUGAGGUCACUCCUUGCAGAACGUCAGACAAUUCCUUUUGGAGAAAAUUGUUUCAAAUGCAAUGAGUAUAGCAAACCAUCAAGCAUUAAUUGACAUUAGAGUCAAAUCAGCCUUGACUUGAGUUUGAGUUGACUUAACAUUGAGUUCAAGCAUUAAUUGACAUUAAACUGUUUAUGUUAAGAGGAUUGUGCUGGGGGCCAUGGCUCAUUUCUGUAAUUCCAGCACUUUGAGAGGCAAAGACAGGUAGGUCACUAGAGCUCAUGAGUUGGAGAACAGCCUAGCCAACAGAUGGGAACCACUUUUCCCAGCCUUUAUUUUCUUUUUCUUUUUUUUCUUUCUUUUUUUUUUUUUUUUUGAGAUAGAGUCUUGAUCUGUCACCCAGGUUGGAGUGCAGUGGCGUGAUCUUGGCUCACUGCAACCUCCUCCCAGGUUCAAGCGAUUCUCCUGCCUCAGUCUCCCGAGUAGCUGGCACUACAGUUGUGUGCCACCACAUCUGGGUAAUUUUUUUGUGUUUUUAGUAGAGACUGGGUUUCACCGUGUUAGCCAGAAUGGUCUCUAUCUUCUGACUUUAUGAUCCACCCGACUCCACCUCCCAAAGUGCUGAGAUUACAGGUGUGAGCCACUGUGCCUGGCCUGUUUUUUGUUUCUUUAACAAAAAGUUACAGGGAUUUCUAUGAGUAUUGUACUGAAUCUAAAUCACAUUCGGUUAUAUAAUCAUUGAGCAAUAUUCAUUUUUCCAAUCAGUAUGGGGUUUAUAUCUAUUUAUACAUGUUUUUAAUCAUUUUGAUCAAUGUUUAUCGAUUUCAAGGUACAAACCUCACUUUUUAUGUUUAUUCCUAAAUACUUCUUAAUUUAAGUUCUUUAGCAAAUGGAAUUGGUUUUUAAUUUUCUUUUAAAAUUAUUUAUUGUUAAUAUAUGGAAAUUCAGCUAAUUUUUGGUGCUGUUACUCUAUUCUGCAAAUAAACUGAAUGUGUUUAUUAGUUCCAGUUGCAUUUUGGUUGACUCUGUGAUUUUCUUCACAGAAGGUCAUGUCAUCUACAAACAAACAAAAUUUGACUUCUUUCUUUCUGAUUUGGUUGAGUUUGAUUUCUUUUGCUAUUUCAUUGUUCUGGCUAGGACAGCCAGUAUUGAUUGAAUAGAAAGGGUGAGAGCAUUCUUGCAUCAUGUGAGAUCUUACAGGAAAAGCAUUCCAUUUUCCCUGAUUGGUUAUUUCUGCUGUGGUCAUUUUGUCAUUUCAUGGAUGGUCUUUGUAUUGUGUUUUUUUUUUUUGAGACGGAGUCUUGCUCUGUCGCCCAGGCUGGAGUGCAGUGGCGCAAUCUCUGCUCAUUGCAAGCUCCGCCUCCCGGGUUCACGCCAUUCUCCUGCCUCAGCCUCUCCGAGUAGCUGGGACUACAGGCGCCUGCCACCAAGCCCGGCUAAUUUUUUUUGUAUUUUUAGUAGAGACGGGGUUUCACCGUGGUCUCGAUCUCCUGACCUCGUGAUCCGCCCGCCUCAGCCUCCCAAAGUGCUGGGAUUACAAGCGUGAGCCAUCGCGCCUGGCCCGGUCUUUGUAUUGUUGAGGUAAAUUUCCUUCUUUAUUUUGUUUGGGAUUUCUAUGAUGACUGGAUGUUGAAUUUUGUGAAAUGCUUUUUCUCCAUGUAUUGAGAUGAUGUGGUUUUCGUCUUUCAUUGUGUUCAAGUGGAAUAUCACAUUGAUUUGCUUGACUAUGUUGAACCAUCCUUGUAUCUCAGAAAUAAGUGGCACUUGGCAUGUCAACAAUCCUUUUAAUAUCCUCUUGAAUACAGUUCGCUAGUACAAGGGGUCUUCAGGAAGUUCAUGAAAAAAAACGUGAAAAUUGUUCAUGAUGUCACAGUUUCUACACCAAAAUAAACUGGUACAAAUCUGUUAUAACAUGUCUGAACAGGGUCUAGUUUGAGGCACUCAGAAGGGGAAGACAUGAGUUUGAAAAAAGAAUCAAAGCAAUGUAAAUUUUGCUAAAAUUGAAGCAAGAAGAAACAUCAAAUUUACGAUGAGACCAGAUGCAGUGGCUCAGGCCUGUAAUCCCAGCACUUUCAGAGGCCGAGACAGGUGGGUCACGUGAGCCCUGGUACUCAAGACCAGCCUGGGCAGAAUGGUGAAACCCCCUUCUCUACAAAAAAUACAUAAAUUAGCUGGGCAUGGUGCACAUGCCUGCUUGUUCAGCUUCUGUGGAGUCUGCAGUGGGGAGGAUGGCUUGAGCCUGGGAGGUUGAGGUUGCAGGGAGCCAUGAUCAUGCCACUGUACUCCAGCGUAGGUGACAGAGAUAGUGUCUCAAGAAAUGAAUAUGGUGAAAUUUGGGUAGAGGAAUAAUGAAAUUGUUAAUGCUUUAUGAAAAGGUUAUGGGGACGAUGCCCCAAAGAAAUCACUAUUUUGUAAAUGCAUUUUAAGUUGGGACAAGGCAAUGUUGACUAAAAUAUAGAAAUUAGCUUGGUGUGGCGACUGCCUGUAACACAGCUACCCCGGAGGCUGGUAGAAGAAUGGCUUUCAUUUCGGAAGCAGAGGUUGCAGUGAGCCGAGAUUGCGCAACUGCAGUGCAGCUGGGCCACAGCAAGACUCCGUAUAAAAUAAAAUAAAUAAAAUUAAAAUAAAAUAAAACAAAAUAAUAAAAUACCACUUCUCAAAAAAAGCUUUCGUAUAAUCUUAUGAGGUCACAUCAUUUUUUGCAACUAUAAUAUGUGUUCAAAAUAUUCUUCUAUGACCCCACAUCUCGUUAGAUAUGUUUUUUAACCAUUUAAAAAUUGUUUUUCUCUGAAAUUUAUUGUGUUCAGUUUACAUUGAGGACUGCAUGCUUUCUAGUCUGUAUCAUAGAUUGGAAGCAUUUUCUGGUACCUGAUAAAUGAUUUUAUGUUGUUUCAGUUUGUUCUUGAUAAAGAUAUCAAGUAACUUUUUCUUUAUGCUAACAUCAAAAUUUAGUUGAAGUAGCCUAUUAUUCCAUUUUCUUUCUUUAUGUCACCUAAUAAAAUGGUGAGCCGUGAGCUGCUAAGUAAA